AUGAAUGAGUUCAAUCCUUCGAUCUGUAACUCUUGGUGGGGAAAAGAUUAUUUUGGCUUUGCUGUUAGAAACUCUGAAGGAAGGUCAGGUGGUUUGGUCUGUGCGUGGAAUGAGGAGGUUUUCCAAGUUUCCAGCAAGUGGGAGAUCAAUGGGGCGGUUAUCGUGAAUGGAAAGUGGAUUAAAGAAGAUAUUGGGUGUUGUUUGAUCAAUGUUUACGCACCUGCUGGUGCCGGGGAGAAAGCUAUUCUCUGGGAUCUUAUCAAAACAAUUGUGGAACAAAAUGAGGAUCGAUGUGUGUGUGUAAUGGGUGACUUCAAUGCCGUUCGGAAACAGGAAGAAAGAGCAGGAGAGGGGGACUCGUUUGGGGCAGCGGAGGCUAGAAAUUUCGACCGUUUUAUCCGUGAUAGUGGCCUCUCGGAAAUCAGAUCUCAAGGACGCAAGUUCACCUGGUUCAAACCGAAUGGUAAGUGCAAAAGUAAACUGGACAGAUUUCUGGUCAACGAAUCUUGGUUACGGCAAUGGGAGGGGACGUUUGGACGUGGUCUUCAACGAACCAUUUCCGAUCACUGCCCCAUUCUUCUGAUGUCAAAAACGGAAGAUUGGGGACCACGUCCGUUCCGCUUUCUCAACGUGUGGAUGUCUCACCCGGAGUUUGAACAAAAGGUCAAAGAAGUGUAG